UGCUCACGUCGCAGGGACGCCAGAGUGAGCGGAGCCUGUGGCGCGCGGUGCAUUGUAGGAUCGCUCGCCUUUCAAAUCGCUACGGGGGUGGGCUGGUCUUCAUCGGCCGGCGCUACUAAAGCGCUUCGUUUGCACUUCGGCAUGAGAGUGUUGGGCAUGUUAAAGGACACAUCGAGGAACGAGCUUCGUGACGUCAAGCUUUCAUAACACCGUCCGGAGACGCCAUGGCUGCGGAAGCAGGGCCCAGUACCACCCCUGGGGAGGAGAUGAAUGGCUCUGGGAACCUUAUGGACAUACUUGAUGAGCCAUUUCCAGACGUCGGGACCUAUGAGGAUUUCCACACCAUCGAUUGGCUGAGGGAGAAAUCCAGGGACACCGACCGCCACCGGAAGAUUACCAGCAAGAGCAAGGAGUCCAUCUGUGACUUCAUUAAGAGCCUCCUGGAUGCCUGGUCCGGGUGGCUGGUCAUGCUGCUCAUCGGCCUCCUGUCGGGAACACUGGCCGGUGUCAUAGACCUGGCCGUGGACUGGAUGACAGACCUGAAGGAGGGUGUGUGCCUAUCGGUCUUCUGGUACAGCCACGAGCAGUGCUGCUGGACCUCCAAUGAGACCACCUAUGAUGACCGCGACAAGUGCCCGCAGUGGCAGAAGUGGGCGGAGCUGAUGACCGGCUCCUCGGAGGGGGCAGCAGCUUAUGUGUUGAACUACUUCUUGUACGUCCUGUGGGCACUGUUCUUCUCCUUCCUCGCGGUGUCUCUGGUGCGGGUCUUCGCCCCCUACGCUUGCGGGUCAGGCAUUCCUGAGAUAAAGACCAUCCUCAGUGGCUUCAUCAUCCGCGGAUACCUGGGGAAGUGGACACUGCUGAUCAAGACGGUCACGCUGGUGCUCGCCGUGUCGUCCGGGCUCAGUCUGGGGAAGGAGGGACCGCUGGUGCAUGUCGCCUGUUGCUGCGGCAACCUCUUCAGCAGCCUCUUCUCCAAGUACAGCAAGAACGAGGGCAAGCGUAGGGAGGUUCUGUCUGCGGCGGCUGCGGCCGGUGUCUCCGUGGCCUUCGGGGCUCCGAUCGGGGGAGUUCUCUUCAGUUUGGAGGAGGUGAGCUAUUACUUCCCCCUGAAGACACUGUGGCGGUCCUUCUUCGCCGCCCUGGUGGCCGCCUUCACGUUGCGCUCCAUCAACCCAUUCGGGAACAACAGGCUGGUGCUGUUCUACGUGGAGUACCACACACCAUGGUACAUGGCCGAGCUGGUGCCCUUCGUCCUGCUGGGUGUCUUUGGCGGCCUCUGGGGGACGCUCUUCAUCCGCGCCAACAUCGCCUGGUGUCGGCGCCGCAAGACCACACGGCUGGGCCGCUACCCGGUGCUGGAGGUGCUGGUGGUGGCGGGGCUGACGGCGUUGCUGGCCUUCCCCAACCCCUACACCCGCCGCAGCACCAGCCAGCUCAUCUCUGAACUCUUCAACGACUGCGGCUCCCUGGCCUCUUCCCAGCUCUGCGACUACGUGAAUGACCCGAACAUGACCCGGCCCGUGGACGACAUCCCCGAUCGCCCGGCAGGCGCUGGGGUCUACGCCGCCCUCUGGCAGCUGGCCCUGGCGCUGGUCUUCAAGGUGGUCAUCACCAUCUUCACUUUCGGCAUGAAGAUCCCCUCCGGCCUCUUCAUCCCCAGCAUGGCUGUGGGUGCCAUCGCCGGGCGCAUCGUGGGCAUCGCCGUAGAGCAGAUGGCGUACCACCAUCACGACUGGAUCAUCUUUAGGAGCUGGUGUCGGCCGGGGGCCGAUUGUGUGACGCCAGGACUCUACGCCAUGGUGGGGGCCGCAGCGUGUCUGGGAGGAGUGACACGCAUGACCGUGUCGCUGGUGGUCAUCAUGUUCGAGCUGACGGGAGGACUGGAGUACAUCGUGCCGCUGAUGGCCGCCGCCGUCACUAGCAAGUGGGUGGCGGACGCCUUCGGCAAAGAGGGCAUCUACGAGGCGCACAUCCAGCUCAACGGCUACCCCUUCCUCGAUGUGAAGGAUGAGUUCACGCACCGCACGUUGGCCGCCGACGUGAUGCGUCCGCGGCGCGGAGAGCCCCCGCUGGCCGUGCUCACCCGGGAGGGCACAACCGUGGAGGACGUAGAGGCGCUCAUCAACGAGACGGACUACAACGGCUUCCCCGUAGUGGUGUCUCGUGAAUCGGAGCGCCUUGUCGGCUUUGUGCAGCGCCGGGAUCUCACGCUGGCCAUCAAAACCGCCCGCCAGAAGCAGGAGGGGGUGGUGAGUGGCUCGGUAGUGUACUUCAGUGAGGAGGUCCCCCCGCUGCCUGCCAGCGCCCCCCAGCCGCUCAAGCUGCGCCGAAUCCUCAACCUGAGCCCCUUCACCGUCACCGACCACACGCCCAUGGAGACCGUGGUGGACAUCUUCCGGAAGCUGGGCCUCAGGCAGUGCCUGGUCACCCGCAGCGGACGCCUCUUGGGAAUCAUCACAAAGAAAGAUGUUCUAAGACACAUGGCCCAGAUGCUGAACCAGGACCCAGACUCCAUCAUGUUUAACUAACGCAACCCCCCCCCCCCCAACCCAAUCCCCCACCGCCACCAGUGAUGGCUGUUACUGCUUCACACCAUCAUCCUCAGUCCUGAUGUCUCACACCCUGGGGGGGGCUUGUCAGAGUGCCCCCCCCCCCUUCUGAAGUGGUCGGUCUGUGUCCUGACUUGUGCCAGUACGUAGACCUACAUUUGGGACCUUGUCCACGAGCCCCGUGUCCCCUGGGGUCCGAGGUCCAGCCCACCCGCCUCCAGCGGACGCACCUUGUGAUCUGGGCUCGAUCUGGACGUUACUGGGUUAUGUCGCCAAGUAAGACCUCGGGGCCGGGACUCUGGUGUCGCCCCCUGGAGGUGACGUGGGGUAUAGACUUCCAUGGAAGUGCCGUGUGGGGGCUGGACAUCCUGGGUUACUCAUGCCGAGAAAAUGGUCUGAUUUUCCUGAUGGCAGAUGCCAUGCUAGUUUUGGUGUUUGUUCAUGAGACAUACUGAGCCACACAUCAUGAUGCUAAUGAUGGAAGGGCCCAACGUACACGGCUCUAGCUUAUUUUUGAUGGCUUAGGUUUUGAGUACAGACAUUUUGCGUAAUGGUCAGCCCUGACAAUGUCCUUCCUAAACCUUCAUGACUUGUAGAUAUUUACACUUAUGUUUGUGGAUUAUAUACAGUAUUUGCACAAAUCCUUUGGCUUUUUUGGUCAUUGUAGUCACUAAGAGCAGAAGCUGGUAACUUACCUAGUUUGUAUGUCAUAACAAAAUUGAUCUGGUGUUAAUUCAAAUGAAAAUGCUGUUUUUUUAAUGUGUAAUUUAUUAGAUCUUUUUUUUUAAUAUGUUAGGUGAUCAGAUUGUCUACUUGUACAUAACACUGUGAUGGUGACGGUUGUUCUUGUCAAGUCCCAAAUUUAAAUGUUUUGACUAAAUCCUUUGUUUAUCUGGAAUCUGCAUCUUCAUGCCUUUUCAUGGUUUUGUGUGAUGCAUUGAUAAACCAUCCAUCUGAAACGUG